UGUUCUGAUGCACAAAAUUAAAUUACUAAAACACGCACGGACUGUUCAAUAUAUUUAACUGCUGCCCAUUGGGGGUGACUUUCUUUGAAUUUGGCUCUCACCGGACGGAACAUGCGCAGUGGCGCGGCGUGCUGCCUUCAGUCAGUGGAGCAGCUGUCCAGGAUUUGGAAUUCCAACAUGGCAGAGGCUGUGGUCAGUCUUUCCCUGACUAACUUGGAAUGGUUUCAAAUCGAGAGCAGCUUCGCUUGAUCGCGGCGAGUCCCGUGUUCGUCCCUGCGUUCCGCGGAUUGAUGGUCCCGUAAGCUGUGACUGCCCUGUCACCUCACACAGGCUCGAAGACAUGAUCACUAGCAGCAGUAUUUAUGGUCUAAAGAUGCAGUGGACCCCGGAGCACACACAAUGGGCAGAACAACACUUUGACAUCUCAUCCACUACCCGCUCCCCAGCACACAAAGUGGAGGCCUAUCGGGGGCACUUACAGCGAACAUACCAGUAUGCGUGGGCAAACGAUGACAUCUCUGCACUGACUGCCUCCAAUCUGCUCAAGAAAUAUGCAGAGAAGUACUCUGGGAUCCUAGAGGGCCCAAAUGAAAGAGCCCUGCUGUGUGCCUACUCCGAUAGCUCCAGUGGACUCGUGAAUGGACGAAAGUCGGAGAAUGAGUCCUGGCAGGAGGGGAUUUACCCAAUGAACUGUGCUCCAGAUGUUAUAUCUGUGAGCAAAGCUGGAAUGACAGCUGCCCUCCCCCCUACAGACCUGUCUGCGAGCAUAGGAAGCUCCCCAGGGGUGGCAAGCAGCUUGUCUGAGCCUGGCUACUCAAGUAGUAACUGUGGGAGUCAUCCAGCCACCACUCUUCACUCGGGCCUCCCCUCUCAGGAAUAUACUGCCAGUUACAAUGGCUCUUACCUGCAUUCCAGCUAUAGCAGCCAGAGCACCCCCGCCCUCCCUUCCCCUCACCCCUCUCCUCUCCAGAGUGCCGGCCUUCUACAACCCCCACCACCUCCACCUGCUUUAGUGCCAAGCUACAAUGCUGGGUCUCCCAACCUUCCCAACUACAGUUAUCCUCCAACAGGGUAUGCUUCACAGACUGCUGUGGGUCCUAGUUAUAGCCCUGGGGGAGCACCACCACCACCUUCUGCUUAUCUACCAUCUGGCAUUGCAGCUCCCACUCCAAUACCUCCCUCCACUUUGCCUGGAUACACCUACCAGUCUCAUAAUCACACACCAAUCACACCUACACCUUUGAAUGGCAGCUCGUCCAACUCAUUAAAACGAAAAGCUUUUUACAUGAGCGGACAUGGAGAUGUGGACUCUAGCUAUGGUAAUUUCAACUACAACCAACAACGCUCCUCACAGAGCCCUAUGUACAGAGUAGCAGACAGCAGUGUCUCAGACUCAAACAGGGGCACUGGCUUUGAAAGAAACACAGAGCCAUCAUCUUUAGCUUUUAAGCCAACCAAACAGCAACUGGCCUCUGAUCAACAAAGAAAAUUUAAUGUGCACUCUGGCAGAGCGCUAACUCCUCCAUCUUACGGAUCAACCAAAAACUCUGCAGGAGACCUAAGAACUGGCGAGCCCUACAGCAAGUUUGGGUCUCCAAUCAUGAGCGAGCAAACUGAUGAGCACAGACAGCACCUCUCCCACUCCCUUCCAGGGCCUGAUUUAGGAACGGCUACCUCGUCCAUCCAUGCUGCAGAGGAACAAUUAAAGAACAGUGAUUCCAACCUGGUGGAAAUGGUCAACACGGAAAUCCUCCAACAGGGCUCUCCGGUAGACUGGACUGACAUUGCAGGUCUGGAUAUGGCCAAAUCAACUAUUAAAGAGGAGAUACUGUGGCCUAUUUUGAGACCUGACAUGUUUAGCGGACUUUCCACAUUACCUCGGAGUCUGCUAUUGUUUGGACCUCAGGGAACUGGUAAAUCGCUACUGGCGCGCUGCAUGGCCAGCCAGCUGGGGGCCGCUUUUUUGCGGCUGAGUGGUUCAGCACUGGUGACCAAGUGGCUUGGAGAAGGAGGCAAGAUUAUCCAAGCUUCUUUCCUUGUAGCACGCUGUCGCCAACCAGCAGUAGUCCUAAUCAGCGAUGUGGAUCUGCUGUUGUCUGGCCAGCUUACCGAGGAGAGCCCUGUAAAUUACCUCAAGGCUGAGCUCCUCAUCCAGCUCGAUGGUAUUCUGACCUCUGCAGAGGACCAUGUUCUUGUGGUCUGCUCCACCAGUAAGCCAGAAGAGAUACCCGAGACCUUACGGAGGUACUUUACUAAGCGUUUGCUCAUCCCAUUGCCUGAUGGAACCGCACGCCAUCAGAUAAUCAGCCAACUUCUCUCGCAGCACAACUAUUGUCUCAGUGACAAAGAAAUUUCAUUAUUGGUUCAGAGGACAGAGGGUUUUUCUGGACUGGAUGUAGUCCAGCUGUGUCAAGAGGCUGUUGUUGGCUCUCUCCAUGGCAUUCCUGGGGCUGACCUUCCCAGCAUCCAUCCCAGUCAGAUGAGACCAGUCACGUACCAAGACUUUGAAAAUGUAUUUUGCAAAUUCCAGCCUAGCAUAUCACAAAAAGAGCUUGAUGUGUACACUGAGUGGAAUAAAAUGUUUGGCUGUAGUCAGUGAAUGGAGCCAAUCAAACACAGUUUCCUUAAAAUAUGCUAAGUAAAAGCAGUGUUUGGUUCUCUUUAAACAAUAAGAAAACAGUGGUGAUAUCAGCAUUUUAUCUAGAGUUAUGGAAGCAAUCUGGACAUCACACAGUGUUAUGUGCUUAUUAAAGUAAAUUUAAAAGGAUGUCCCACUUUUUUGUAUAUAAAUAUACAAAUAUAUAUAGAUAUAAUGCUGAUUUUGAGAUUUUGUUGCUAUCAAGUGCCUGAGAUGGUGCUGUUUAAGUUUCCUUUUGCCUCACAAUCUUCAUUGGUGGUGUGCUUAUAUAAAAGAGCUUUACAAUGUGAAACAAACCUUUGUUUUUUACUGCAAAAGUGUUGUUCAGCUUUGUCUGUUUUGUGCUCUCCGUGAACUGUUGUGGUUAAUAUCAGCUGAGUUAAAUUGAUUGGCGGAAUUUUCCCUGAGUAUCAUUACCUUGCACAGGUUUUAUGUGUGCAUGUAAUUUAUUUAAUAUCAAAAUGGACAUGCACAUAUCUUUAAAAUUUUAUUUGCAUUAAAGACUUAAAUUUGGUUUCAGUAGCCUUUCCUUGGUAGGUUUGAGGAUAAAUUGUUAAAUGUGAUUUCAGUUUAAAUGAAUGGCCUCUAGAACCUUUAGCAUUUGUGAUAAAGAUGUGUUAAAAGCUUUAAAAUUAAUAUUUUUUUUUUUAUUGCAGGAGGUUGAAAUGACAAUGAAAUAUUUUUGCAGAUCCCAUACAAUAUUUUGAGUACAUUUAUUUAAUGAUAAGAAAUAAUAGUGUUAAAACACCACUGCUCUUGAUGCCCUUUCUUAUAUCUUAUAUUACUUUUUAAGCCAAAUUUGCCAACAGGAGAGCACUAUGAUUCCUGCUGUUCCAUUGUCCUGGGCCACUCUUCUCUGUAGUACUGUGAAAAAUCUGGCAGAGUCAAUCAAAUGUUCAUUUAAGGUGUUUAGUAUUUAACUAAGUUACCCCUAACAUGGAUCCAAAGCAUCGCAGGCUCUCCAAACGCCACAGUUGGCUUGUGGUGCUUCCCCACAUAUUCAUCCUUUACUUUACGCCAGGUCUACCUAAGAGUUUGUUGCUCAGUUUUUGUUUCACCGGGUCUCAGCUUGCACUGUCAGUUUAAAGUCCCGGUAGCACAUGGGUUCCCUUGCGUCUUCACCCAGGUUUGUUUGUCAAAGAUCUGGAUUUGUUUCGUCAAUGGUCGGGAGGUAUAUGUAGGCACGAUUAGAUCUAUAGCUUUUUAUUGUAGCCAUGUUUUUAUUUCUGAACUCUUAACUUGUCUUUCACAUUUUGAGGAUUGGAUUAGAAGAAUGGGCCCCUUUAUUACACCCUAUUAAUAUCCCAUAAAAAAUGAAACUCAUUCAUUUCUAAUUAAAGAUUCCUAAACACUUUGAUUACAACAGCUGCUUAUAUUUAAGUAAUUAUUAGGGAUCCCACUCACUAUAAGGGUUGGGACUUUAUUAAAAACAAAAAUUUCUUAAAAAGUGACUGACGAAAUAAAUUUACUCAAAUUAACAAUUGGAUUUUUCUACAUUUUGCAAUGUCUGAUUAUGCAAUUACAUAACAAGAUGUAUUUAUUUUAAGGCUUUUUGCACAUCUUCAAGUUUGAAGGUUGUUAGUUGUGACAUUCCUAAAAAUAUUUCUACAGGUAUUUACUAAGAGUAAUUCACACAGAAAGAUUUUACCAUAUUUUCUGUUUUCUAUUUGAAAACUCAGGAAUGUGUUAGUAAUAUGUACUACUCAAGCUUGUAUUAAAACACUACAUGAGAUAAACAUUUGCCUCACACUUAAAAUUGCAUCAUUAAAAUACAAAAGGUUUUUUGAUAGCGCAAGAAUCUCAAGACCAGGAGGUUCCUGCAGUGAAUGUAUGAGGGGAUAAUUAUGGUUUAUUUGCAAACCUUAAAAAUCUAUUUGUUUAGGAUUCUCAGCUUUUAUUUAUUUUUUAAAUAGAAUUUGGUACUGCAAUUACGGGUUUGCCUUUGAAAAUAACAGCCCCAUUGUGUGGGUGAAAUUGUAGCCUUGAGCUAAUACAUUUUUGAAUUAUUUUUUUUCUUAUUUCCUGCCGGCUGCAAGUCAGAAACCUUCAUUUACAACAGAUACAAUGAUCCCGUUAUUUAAAUCCCAGCUUUGAGAUUAAAGUGUUCAGCUUGUGCCGAGAGAAAUUUAAAAGUGCAGACAAACAUCUCGAGGUUGCGCAAGACAGCUGAUCCAAGCUAUGUUUCCCCCUCCUGUUGCCGUUUUAUCGUUCAUGGAAACGCAAGGAUUAUGUACAGUGUAAGUUGCUUUGUACCUUGUUAUGUUUAUCUCUGAAAGACAAAUUCACAGUGACAUCAAAAUGUCACAACUUGCCCAUCUUGUUUCAUGAUGAUACCCAGCUAAACACUAAAAGUAUUUUUUGUGUAAAAUCUAUAUGCUUUACAUUUUGAUAGGUUGUUUUUUUAGUGACACACUUUGCCUUAGGACAAUUUGGUUUUAUCUUAUUUUCAGUGCCUGGCGUUGUUGCUGCACAUUGAACCCUGAACCUGCAAAGUCAGAAGGAGAUGUUACAGAAACCCUAGCGAUUCUGUGUUCAUACUUUCUGUCUUAAAGUCUUUCAAUAAGAAGUUUACACAAGUGAUUAUACACUUUUCUUUAUCUCAAAUUCAUUAAUUUAGUCGCAUUCCUUAUAUUCUAAUCUCACAUAGUUUUAGUACAAAAUACCACUUAUUUUUUCUCCCAUAUUUCAAACUGUUGCUGUAUUAUUAAACUGUUUGCUGCCAAUAAUGGCUAAAUUUCCAUAGUACAUUUCCAACAAUAUAUGAGUCAGUCUGAAAGCUUAAUUGGCAAGUAAAAGCAUUGAAUGUAUUAUAAUGUGAGCAAAACACUCACACUGAAACAUGCCAGAGGAGAAGAAGAGAGCACUGUCUGGGUAUUUGUAUAGAAACUGCAGAGACACUGACAGACUUUUUUUCUUGUAAGAACGUAUCUUAAUACAAUAUUUCUUGAUGUUUUACCGUAUUUCAAUUUUCUAUCAAAUAUGAAGCAUUUUCUCAUUGAAACAUGGCUGGAACCAAUAACUUCUCAAGGUCCGGACUUUUAAAGAAUUUCCACGACAAUAGCACAGUUUGAGAAAGUUAUUCCUUAGUCCAGAGUGAUACUUGACUUUACUUUUACAUUAUGUUGAAUGCUUUAUCUGUACUCCCAGUUACAAUAUCUUUGCUGCAUUAUCUUUAAAACUGCACAACUUUUAGUCAUUUGUAAAAUGAUUAUUAUAAGUCUGUAUAUGAAGAGACAAAUGUGUGUGAAUUGAAUGCUUCUUUGAGGGUGUGGGUCAUGUAUUUGAGUCCUGAUUACUGCUGAGUCGCAUUUUUUUAGCUAAGAAUCACAUUGCAAAAUUUUCACAAAUAAAUACUCUCUUGAUUUGUGUCAUGAAGAGUCACAUGUUAAAAUUGUUUCAGAAAUCAUGUAGACACAUAGUCAUCCUGAAACAUUCAGAUGGCAAUGGUUCCAGUUAGAUGAUGAACAUUAGUUUAUCACUUAUUGUUUUAUUUUUAAGCUGGAAUGAAAGUAAAAUCCUUUAUUUUCUUCUGUUUGCCUCCUCAUCAGCUUGCACCCUCAUUGCCAUUUCAUCCCAUUUUGUACCACUAAAAAUACUACUAUAUUCUGUACCCAUGCACUAAACCAUGGUGAUGAUUUAUUUGUGAUUGCAUCUUUGUGUUUUCAUGAACUAUGAAGAUAAAUCAUCAUAACACUGAAUACACCUGAAUCUUGCAUAGAAUUAAAAUUCAAUUAUGUUUUAUCUGAAGAUGUUUUAUGUUCUAUUCACAAUCAUCACCAUUUGAGCAGGUUGACUCUUAUUAAACCUGAUGGAAUGCAACUCUAGAUUAAACUACAAUAACUCUUUGAAACCCCCUGUUGGUAAAUAUUACUUAUUGAAUUUAUAUGUUCACUUUUUCUUGCAAUAGGCCACACAGAUUAUAUCCAUAUGGUAACUCUACAGUACUGUAGUAUGAAUGCAAAUAUUUCUAAUUGGUUUUGUUUAAAACAGCUUAACGUUGUAGCUUUUAAACAGCAUUACCUAAAUAAGAUUUGUAGUGGUCACAAACUGACCCGUGAUCAUUACGAACAGUCCAGUAGUAAAAAGGUCAAUUUAUCCCAAAAUUUGCCAGCGCUUGAAAAUGUAAAGAAGAAAAUUGACCAGAACCUAUAUGACAUUUUUUAAAAUAAUUUAUGAAUCAGUGUUCUUGAAUUCUCAGUGUUACCUUUGUGUAUUUACAAAAAAAUGCUAAAAUUUUCAGCAAUGUCUAUCAAUAGCGGAAACUUGUGACGGUUAUUAAAAACAUAACUCUCUAUGUCAAUCAACAGUUUACAGCUUUGUAUUUGAGCACAAACUGAAAAGCAUGAAUGGCACAAAAGUCAGAAAAUGUCUGAAAAUACAAACUUCCAACUAUAGUGGGUUAGGUUAUUAUUUCAUUUAAAAUUGGACAUUAAACCAUGAGUUGGAUGAACAAGCACACAUCUUACUGGUUCAAGAGCUCAGUGGUGAAUCAGAGAUGUGUGGUAAAAUAUAUCAAUCACCGGUGAUAUCAUAGAUAUUAAAAGAUCUGGUCCCAUCCAGUAAAAACCAGAAGUUUACAUACACUGAAUAAAAAAGAUACAACCUAUUUUCACUGUCUGACAUUAAAUCAAACUUAACUUUUCUUUGGGUACAUGGGGUUAUCAAAAAUAAUUACAAAUUUUCUGUCAGAAUAAUGAGAGUGAGAAAUAAAUGUUUUAAAGAUAUUUUCUUAACUUUUUCUU